AUGGGAGUUGGGAAAUCAUGUUUGCUUCAUCAAUUUACAGAAAAAAAGUUUAUGGCAGACUGCCCACACACAAUUGGUGUAGAAUUUGGUACAAGGAUAAUUGAAGUUGCUGGACAAAAAAUUAAACUGCAAAUUUGGGAUACAGCUGGGCAAGAAAGGUUUAGAGCAGUUACACGAUCUUACUAUAGAGGUGCUGCUGGUGCUCUUAUGGUUUAUGAUAUCACCAGAAGAUCUACAUAUAAUCAUCUGAGCAGUUGGCUUACAGAUACACGUAACUUGACAAAUCCAAGCACUGUGAUAUUCCUUAUUGGAAAUAAAUCUGACUUAGAUGGACAGAGAGAUGUAACAUAUGAAGAAGCUAAACAAUUUGCAGAUGAAAAUGGCCUUAUGUUUGUCGAAGCAAGUGCUAAAACGGGACAAAACGUCGAAGAGGCAUUCCUCGAGACUGCAAAGAAAAUAUAUCAGAGUAUUCAAGACGGACGCCUGGACUUGAACGCUGCGGAGUCCGGGGUUCAACACAAGCCGGCAUCGCCCGGCCGCCCACUAGCGGCACCUCCGGCCGCACGCGAUAACUGCGCCUGC